AGUUAGCAGCUGAGUGACCGACCGGCCGGCCGGCCGCGUUUGUCAUCGUAAUCCAUUCCAUUGCCUCCGUUCGCGAUACGCUGUCCGCGAGAUCGGCGGGAGGAGAUGGCGGUUGGCCGGAUAAGGCAUCCCUUCGUGGACCUUAUCCCGAAUCAUUUUUUUCCCUAAUAUAGGCCAUAGCGAGUCCGAAAACCUCGGACCAAAAAUUCCGAAAAUAGGAUAAAUAAAUUAAAAAGAUUUCCUUCUUCAGAGAAAAAAGAUCAGUAUAUAAAGUGAGAUCGCCGUCAUUCUUAUCUCUUGUUGAACUCUCUUUCUCUGGUCUUGUUUCCUUCCCGUCGGCCUCUUCGCCUAGCGAUUGACGUGCUUAGAGAUUAAAGUAUUUUGGUUGGGAAGUCUAAAGACCCUCCAACGAGGAGAGAGACGCAUAGUUGUAGAAAGAUUUCCGUGUUGGACAGGAUUUUAACGAGCUAGCGUUUAAGUAUUUGGAGGUAGGGAUCCUCUCGGCUAUUGUCUUCUAUCGUUAAUGCAAUGGAAGGGGGUGUCCAUAAAGCAGACAAAACAGAAUUUAAGGAAUGCUUUAGUUUGACAUGGAAGCACCCGUACAUUCUUCGCCUUGCAUUCUCUGCUGGCAUUGGUGGUCUUCUAUUUGGCUACGACACAGGUGUUAUAUCUGGAGCACUUCUUUACAUACGUGAUGACUUCCAACAAGUCGAAAAGAGUACUGUACUGCAGGAAACCAUUGUGAGCAUGGCUGUGGCUGGAGCUAUAGUGGGUGCUGCUUUUGGUGGAUGGAUGAAUGACAGAUUUGGACGGAGACCUUCAAUAUUGUUUGCUGAUCUGCUUUUCUUUGUUGGUGCUAUUGUAAUGGCUGUGGCACCAAUUCCUGCAAUUAUAAUUGUAGGGAGAAUCUUUGUGGGCUUAGGAGUUGGGAUGGCUUCUAUGACUUCUCCUCUUUACAUUUCUGAAGCUUCUCCUGCCAAAAUUAGAGGUGCUCUUGUUAGCACCAAUGGGUUACUUAUUACAGGAGGGCAGUUUCUGUCUUACCUCAUAAAUCUGGCUUUCACGCGGACAGCAGGAACUUGGCGCUGGAUGCUCGGGGUGGCUGGAUUUCCUGCUUUUGUUCAGUUUAUAUUGAUGCUGAUGCUUCCUGAGUCACCUAGGUGGCUGUAUAGAAAGGAUAGAAAAGAAGAAGCUGCAGAGAUCUUAAGAAAGAUAUACCCUUCUCAUGAAGUUGAGAAAGAAAUAGAAGCUUUACGGUUAUCGGUUGAAGCUGAAAUAGCUGAGGAAGGUUCUGUUGACGGACAUGGCGCGUUCAGUAAAUUAAAGAAAGGAAUGGGUAGUAUAGUUGUUCGCAGAGGGCUUGUGGCAGGCGUUCUCGUCCAGGUAGCUCAGCAAUUUGUGGGUAUCAACACAGUUAUGUAUUAUAGUCCCACAAUAGUUCAACUGGCUGGUUAUGCUUCCAACAGUACUGCAUUGGCACUCUCUCUCAUAACCUCUGGUCUCAAUGCCGUGGGCUCUAUUGUCAGUAUCUUCUUUGUUGACAGAGCUGGAAGGAGAAGGCUGCUACUUUUGAGUUUGAUUGGAAUCAUUACAUGCUUGGCCUUGCUAUCCGGUGUCUUCUUUGGGGUUGCUUCACAUUCCCCAGCAGUUGAUUUGUCGAGUCAGGUCAGUGGAAACUUGACUUGCUCUGAUCUCAAGCCAGCUUCAAGCACGACAUGGACGUGUAUGAAUUGCGUGAAAGCCGCCUCUGGGUGUGGAUUUUGUGCUCAUGAUGGGAAUAAACUUCUUCCCGGCACCUGCUUGACAUCUGAGUCUGCUGGAAAAGAAUUCUGUGAAGCAGCAAGCCGUGAGUGGUACACUCGUGGUUGCCCAAGCAACUUUGGCUGGUUGGCUCUCAUUGGCCUCGGAGCGUAUAUCAUCUCCUACUCUCCGGGUAUGGGCACUGUCCCUUGGAUCGUCAACUCUGAGAUCUACCCACUGAGAUACCGAGGAGUCUGUGGUGGGGUGGCUGCAGUGGCGAAUUGGGUUUCUAACCUGAUUGUCACACAGACAUUCUUGAGCUUGACGGAGGCUUUGGGCACUGCACCAACAUUCCUCUUGUUCUGCUGUGUUUCUGUCGUUGCAUUUGUUGUCAUUUUCUUGGUUGUGCCUGAGACCAAGGGAUUGCCAUUCGAAGAGGUGGAGAGGAUGCUGGAGAGCAAAAGCUACAGGGCUUGGAAGAAGCGCUCUGUUCAAGCUCAACCUUAGAUAUCCAUGUUUUGUUAUUAUUUGUAAGUCUGUUCUAGGUUGAUAGGAUAAUAACAACCACUUUAUGACCUUAUGGUUUUCCUUCCUCAAAUGAAUGUUACAAACGCUUAUAACUAGUCCUGGGAUCAUGGAGUUCAAAGGAAUUUGGUAUUGAACGAUACUUUAUGUUGUUUCUGCUUGAUGGCAUGCUGUUAAAAGAUGUACAUAAUACAAUAUCAUGGACUGAAUUUAUGCUAAUCUCUUGCA